GGUCGUUUGUUCUCUUUAAGUAUCUCUUAUGUUAUAAUGAAGUUAUAAAGUUCUUGAGUUCUUAAAUGCUGUGCUAAAAUUUCGCACCAUUUAUCUGGAAGAAGUAACAACUUUUUCAAAAAUUAAAAAUUAUCUAACUAGUAGUUUGCAGUUUUUAAGAGCUGUUAAUUGUGGUACGAGAAACAGUGCGCAAAAAGAAACACUAAUUAAAACAUUUACGCCAAUUAUCUUUCCUAAAUUUCAUAAAUGUUAGAAUGCUAUUUCCAUGUAAAAUUCCAUUUUAAAAAAUGUUAGCUAAUAUAAGAACGAAAAAAUUACAAAAAUGAAUAAAGUUAUUUUUCUAAUUCUUACUCAGUCACAAAUUACCCGAAGCCUUACCAUUGAAUCUUGAAUUUUGAUUUUUUUUAUUAUUGCAAUCUUCUGUUCAUAAAACGAAUUUCUUAUCAUCUCUUGGACGCGUGUUUUCAACUUAUCUAUGGCCUUCAAUCCGGACAUAGUGCUGAUUGGAGACCCACAGGUGUGUGAACAGUUCUGCCAGACUCUGGGAGUAGACCCAGUCAAGAAUUACCUCCAGAUAUCCGUCAAAGGUGUUCGUUAUAAAGUGAAUCUGCAGCAGAUGAGACUGACGGAAUUCAGACGCCACUUCUCGAUUAGGAGGAGGAGUCUGCCUGCCAGUCCUUCCAGUUACACAACUAUCGAUUCACUCUCACCCACUAACAGAAUUUCGUUCGACCUGUCUUGUAGCCACAGCAGCAAAGUGCAGAUGUCGUCCACAAUGCCACAUGGCUUCAUCGUCCUCUUCGAUGCCGAUGACUUCUCAGCCCAAUACUACCUACCCUCUGUCAUUAAAGAAACACUCGGUACAAACUCGGCAGUGGACACACUUCUGAUCGGCAGUUGUGUGAACAAAGAAAGUGCUCAAGGGUGGGAGGAAACUCUACAUGCAGUGUCUCUCUUUCUUCCCCUCUUCAAUUCCACUCUGGUCGACAGGGGGGACAUGGAACAGUACAAGACCAGCUUUUCCCGAUUCCUCAAACACAUCAUUGAGUGCAAUCUCCACUUGCACUUGGGUAGCUUUAACUGGGAGUGGCAAAGACAAAAAGCGAGACACAAGAGGUCAAACUGCCACAUCCUUUGAGGUCAACCAGGUCAAAUAGAGCAGCUCAAUUUGACAGCUCCAAUGAAAUAUAAUGGUUAACCAACAAAAUUCACCCACUUAAAUUCAACAAAGACAAAAACAAAUUCUGGAAAUAUUCGCAGUAGUUUUGAAUUUUUUAGAG